CCUCAGCAGCAGCAGCGAGAGGGGCGAAGCGGCCGCCGGAAAGUUUGCGCGCGGGGGCUGCCGCCGCAGCCGCCAUGGGGGACGCCGAGGAGGAAGAGGCGGCGGGGGAGGCCGAGGCGACGGCGGCGGAGUUCGCGCGGCACUGGCGCCGCGAGUUCCCCGAGGAAGCGCCGCCGCCGGCGCUGCGCCUGGGCUCGGUGCCGGCCAUGGAGGAGGAGCUGGGCCGGUGCCGGCGGGCGCUGCAGCAGCUCCAGCGCGCCCUGGCCCAGGAGAAGUUCAAGGUGGGCUACCUGGAGGCGGCGCUGGCCCGGCAGCCGGCGGAGGCGGCCGCGGCAGGAGGGAAGGCGCGCAGCCCGCGGACCCCCGGCAGCCCCGCCGCCGCGCCCAGGGCGCACCCGGCGGCGGGCGAGCGCGCCCUCGUGCCCGCGCCCCAGGGCUCGGGCGGCUUCAGGCUUCGGCCCCGCCGCGGGGACUCGCCGGCCAGGCCCCCGCCGCCGCCCCUGGCGCCCCGCCGCUGGAAGCACCGCCAGGACCAGGAUCGCGACCUCCCCGACGGCUCCAGCUCCCCCGAGCCGCCGGUCCGGAGCCUUCCCGCCGAGCGGCAGCCUUCCCCGCGCCUCGACCUGGCGGAGAGAGAGCCCUCGCCCGGCGGCGGCGGCGGCAGCAGCGACUGGAGCGGCAACACUUCCGACCGCGAGGAGGAGGAGGACGCCUCGUCGGCAGAUUUCAAUUAUGGCACAGAGGACUACGAUGCGGAGGGAAACGAGGAGCCCAAAGUCCCACCCGGCGGCUCGGAGACCAUGCCUUACAUUGACGAAUCGCCCACCAUGUCCCCCCAGCUCAGCGCCCGCGGUCAAGAGAGUGGCGGCGGUGGCACUGACAAUGUCUCAUUUACUCCCACCGAUGGGCUGGGCACCGAGGGCGAACGGGAUGCCGGCAAAGGCCUGGACAUGCGGAAGCUGGUCCUCAAGGAUUUCUUGGCCAGUGAGGAAAUGUACAUCAACCAGCUGGAGGCGCUGUUAUUGCCCAUGAAACCCUUAAAGGCAACAGCCACCACCUCCCAGCCCGUCCUCACAAUCCAGCAGAUUGAGACCAUCUUCUACAAGAUCCAGGACAUCUACGAAAUCCACAAGGAGUUCUACGACAGCCUGUACCCCAAGGUUCAGGACUGGGAUGGUGCCGUCAGCCUUGGCCAUUUCUUCCAGAAACUGGCUAGCCAACUGGGGGUGUACAAGGCUUUCGUGGACAACUAUAAGAUUGCGCUGGAGACGGCCGAGAAAUGCAGCCACAGUAACUACCAGUUCCAGAAAAUAUCAGAGGAGUUGAAAGUGAAGGCACCGAAGGAUUCGAAGGAGAGCCACACCUCGGUCACGAUGGAAGCACUGCUGUAUAAGCCUAUAAACCGGGUGACCCGAAGCACUCUUGUGUUGCACGAUUUGUUGAAGCACACACCGUCUGACCACCCGGACUACCCGCUGCUCCAGGAUGCCCUCCGCAUCUCCCAGAACUUCCUCUCCAGCAUCAACGAGGACAUCGACCCCCGCAGGACGGCAGUCACCACCCCCAAGGGAGAAACCCGGCAGCUGGUUAAGGAUGGCUUUCUGGUGGAGCUGGCCGAGGGUUCCCGCAAGCUACGCCACGUCUUCCUCUUCACGGACAUGCUUCUCUGUGCCAAACUGAAGAAAACAGCUGUGGGGAAACACCAGCAGUAUGACUGCAAGUGGUACGUGCCUUUGGCUGAGCUGGUGUACCCGUCGCCCGAAGAGUCGGACCCGUGCCCGCAUGUCCAUGCCAUGGCUGACCACGAUUUGGAAGACGUGAAGAUGAAGAUCUCCUCUAUGAAGAGCGAGGUGCAGAAGGAGAGAGCCAACAAAGGGCAGAGCCGGGCCAUGGAGAGGCUCAAGAAAAAGGUGUUCGACAAUGAAUUCUGGCUGCUGCUCAACUCGCCGUCCAUCCCCUUCCGCAUCCAUCACCGCAACGGCAAAAGCUACCUGUUCCUGCUGUCCUCCGACUAUGAGCGGGCGGAGUGGAGAGAAGCCAUCCAGAAGCUGCAAAAGAAAGACCUCCAGACCUUUGUGCUCAGCUCGGUGGAGCUGCAGGUCCUCACGGGGUCUUGCUUCAAGUUGCGCACCGUGCACAACAUCCCCGUCACCAGCAAUAAGGACGACGACGAAUCUCCAGGGAUGUACGGCUUUUUGCAUGUCAUCGUCCACUCUGCCACGGGCUUCAGACAAUCAGCCAACCUCUACUGCACCCUGGAAGUGGACUCCUUUGGCUAUUUUGUCAGCAAAGCCAAGACACGUGUGUUCCGGGACACCACCGAACCCCAGUGGAAUGAGGAGUUCGAGAUCGAGCUGGAGGGCUCCCAGUCGCUGCGCAUCCUCUGCUACGAGAAAUGCUACGACAAGAGCAAGCUCAACAAGGACGACAACGAAAUCGUGGACAAGAUUGUGGGCAAGGGGCAAGUCCAGCUGGACCCCCAGACGGUACAGACGAAGAACUGGCACAUGGACGUGAUUGAGAUGAAUGGGAUCAAAGUGGAGUUCUCCAUGAAGUUCACAAGUCGGGACAUGAGCCUCAAGAGGACCCCGUCGAAAAAGCAGACAGGGGUUUUUGGUGUCAAGAUCAGCGUGGUCACCAAGCGCGAGCGAUCCAAAGUGCCCUACAUCGUGCGCCAGUGCGUCGAAGAGGUGGAGAAGCGGGGCAUUGACGAAGUGGGCAUCUACCGCAUCUCAGGGGUGGCCACUGACAUCCAGGCCCUGAAAGUUGCCUUUGACGCCAAUAACAAAGACAUCCUGAUGAUGCUGAGCGACAUGGACAUCAACGCCAUUGCAGGCACCCUGAAGCUGUACUUCCGAGAGCUCCCGGAGCCCCUCCUCACAGACCGGCUUUAUCCUGCUUUUAUGGAGGGUAUUGCACUGUCUGACCCAUCGGCCAAGGAGAACUGCAUGAUGCAUCUUCUGCGCUCCCUUCCGGACCCCAACCUCAUCACCUUCCUCUUUCUGCUGGAACACUUGAAGCGGGUGGCCGAGAAGGAGCCCGUCAACAAAAUGUCCCUGCACAACCUGGCCACGGUGUUUGGCCCCACAUUGCUGAGGCCCUCCGAGGUGGAGAGCAAAGGGCACCUCAGCCUGGCCUCCGACAUCUGGUCCCACGACGUCAUGGCGCAGGUCCAGGUGCUCCUCUACUACCUGCAGCACGCGCCUCUCUCCUAUGCCGAGCUGAAACGCAACGCGCUCUACAUCUCCACGGAUGUGUAGCCUGCACUUCGACAGCAUCCGGCGCGUGCCCGUGUCUUCCGGGCCGGGAGGGGUGCAGUGCAGACAGGCUGCGAAUGCUGGCCACCCCCCCCGCCGAGGACAGCGCACCGCCCCGGGCCGUACGCCGGCUGCGCCCCCCGGACCACUUUGUACAAGCCCCCUCCUAGCCCCGUGCCCUUCGCUGCGCCGCCGUCCACGUCUCUCGCCCUUCACUGUUCAGGAGUCCCUGGGGCCGUGGGGAAGCGCGGGUGACGGACCAGGAGUGGGGCUGCAGGCGCGACUCCUUCCGGGUCCGACUGGGUUUCCCUCCCUUUCCCCGCCGGCCUUGCCGCCUGCCAUGGCACUUGCCCUCUCCUCCCUCGUGGCCUGCAUGCGUGGCGCUUGCUUGGCUCUCCCUGCUUCGGGUGCUUAGAGGACGCCAAGGGCUCCCCCCCCCGCUUUGCUUGGCUGUGCUGAUGGUGGGCCCGGGGGCUGCCCUUUGCACCCUGCCCCGCCCCACUGGCUGGCCUCUGGCCCCAAGGGCCCGGCCCAGUGGGUUUGAAGGCGGCUUUUCGGUUCCCCUCGCCUGCCCCUGGUCCCCUUUUCCGCGUCUCCUGCCUGUUCUUCUAGCGCAGCGUCCAGUUAUGUCCAGAGGACCCCAAGGUACCCCGCUGGCAGCAAAGCGGGACGUGGUUUUGCGGCAGCGGGAGGCCCAGCCCGUGUGAGGGUGUGUGUGUGUGUGUGUGCAUGCAGCGUCCCCAGCGGCUCCCUGUUUAUUUAAGGCGACCUCUUCUGGGACGAAUUCAGUCGCACUCCGGACAAGGAGGCGAGGCCCUGCUGUGGCACCCAAGAGUGCCCCAAAGAUGACGAGCGGGGCAAGGACACGGCUGGCGGGCAGUGGCGUGCGUGCCCACACCACAGCCGUGCUGCUCUGCAGGUGGCCCUUUCCUGCCCGGCUGUGCCACGGAGGCAAGGGGCACAUUCCCCGGCCCUUCAAGGCGGGCUCCCCUGUGACUGUCUCUGCUAGCUGCCCAGCACGGCUUACAGGGACCAACCGGGAGCGUUCAGGGCCCUCUCAGCCCUUCAAAGGUGCGCCCAGGUUUCCCGGCUUCUGUCUGCGAGAGGGCUUGGGCUGAGGAGGGAGCACGGUCCUCCCCAGAGUACCCCUGGGCGGGCGGGCGGUUAUGUCGGUGUCCUCAGGCUCUGGGCCCUGCUCAGACAGGAGCUGAAGGGAUGGAGCAGCCCACAAACGGGGCCAGUGCCUCCUUCCAGCUGGGUUCUGGGUUGGGAGCAGAAGCACUUCUCUUUCCGCAGAGCAGAAUCGGAGCUCUCUCUGCAGGCCGGAGUCCCCCGGAGACUGGGCGGCAGCGGCGGCGGUGGGGGGGAUUUCCCACUAGGGCGGCUUCUGCUUCUUCAAGCAGCUCCGUCUUCUGUCAAGAUCCCACUCCCCAAUGCCAAACCCAAAGCCAGUGACGUUGCUUAGGCCGGGGAUUCACAGACUCGGGUCCCUGGCUGUCGGACUCCCAACUCCCCUCGUCCCCUGCCACGAUGGCCACGGGGAUGAUGGGAGCUGGGAGUCCAACCUCAUCUGGCACCCCCUGGCCCAAGUAACCUGGGACCUCCCGCCCGUUCCCCACCCAGCCCUCCUGCCAAACCUGGAGUCCGAGGGGGCUUUGGCUGCGCCUCCCAGGGGCUGUAUGGAAAGCGACCGGCUAUGGUUCAGGGACCAGGUGGCUUGCCCCACUGCACGGCAGAUCUUCUGUCGGUCUGCACCCGUGUGCCUGUCGCAACCCGAGUCCUUGCCGUGGAGGCUGUGUCAGCCAGACCGACCCCGGCUCCAAGCGUCUGACUCCAACACCAGCAUAAGGCCCUUCUUCUCUGGGUUUGGGUUUUUCCGAGACUGGGGCUCCUGGCGCAACAGGUAGACUAGGGAACUGUUGAUUAGUAUUUUGACUUGUUUUAAGAACAUAUAUAAAUAUAUAUAUAUAUAUAUAUAUAUUUGGUUGUGUCUUGUUGCAGGUUUGUUUUUGUUUUUUCCCCUGUAGAUGACAAACUUUAAAUGGAUGUAAACCAUGUGAGGAGACGAUUUAAAAAAAGAAAAGAAAAGGUUAAUAAAAUGCAAAGCCCCAACGUCUGCACAAAUGA